GCUUUAUUCAGGCUUUAUCGAGAUCACAAUUUGCUGCGUGCCUCUCUCUUCCGCUUCUACUCUCCCAUUUGCAUUCCACCGCGGCGACAAUGUCUCAACAACGCACAACGAUCUGGGAAACGGAGCUUGAGGAGGACCUUCAGGACGUUGAUGUGAAUCUUGCUAUCGGAAACUACGGUCAAAAUGGCAUGUACGAGGAUGCCCAGUCUCGGAUUGACGAGGCUACACUCUUGGCCGUUCAGCAGCAAAUGGCACAGCAAGCUGCCUUCUCUCAAGUGCCAGAUGUGGUCAAGCGAUUCAUCGUACAUUUCCACCAAGCUGUCCUCGACAACAACCUUGCGGAGAUUACUGUCGCGUACGAGAGUGGGUGGAACCGAUUAACGGAGAAGUUCUACGCGAAGACGGAGUGGCCGGAGGCGGAGGUGAUCGCACCGUUGGUGAACGAUGACCAGAUCUUCCUUAUCUUGUACCGCGAGCUCUACUACCGCCAUGUAUACUCGCGGCUACAGCCCGACAUCGACGACCGCUUCCACUCUUACGAGAACAGCUGCGAGCUGUUCAACUACCUGCUGAACUCGGAUGGCCCUGUAGCUCUCGAGCUUCCUGAGCAGUGGCUCUGGGACAUCAUCGACGAGUUCAUCUAUCAGUACCAGUCGUUCUGCGUUUGGCGUUCAAAAGUGAAGUCAAAGACAGACGAGGAGAUCGUCCUGCUCUCGGACGAGAGCCAGGUGUGGAGCUCGUAUAGCGUUCUCAACGUGCUGUACUCGCUCAUUCAAAAGUCGAAAAUCCACGAACACAUCAUUGCGCUGCAAGAGGGCAAGUCUGCCGAGGAGAUUGACGAGAUCGUUGGGGAGUAUGGCGUACGCCCGUUGUACCGCAUGCUAGGCUACUUCAGCAUUAUCGGGCUUCUGCGCGUGCACACACUCCUUGGCGACUUCACCCUCGCCCUCAAGGUCAUGGAAAAUGUCGAGCUUAGCCAGAAGUCUCCGUUCAUGCGUGUCACUGCUUGCCAUGUCACGACCUUCUACUACGUCGGCUUCUGCUACAUCAUGCUCCGGCGGUAUCCCGACGCCAUCCGGACGUUCGUCAACAUUCUGAACUUCAUUAUGCGAAUGCGUCAAUACCAUACGCGCAGUUACCAGUACGACCAAAUCAACAAGACCGCGGAUCGAAUGUACGCGCUCCUCGCGAUCUGCAGCGCUCUCUCGCCGAUGCGAGUUGACGACAACAUCUCGAACAUCGUCAAGGAACGAUACGGAGAGCAGUUCACCAAGAUGUCUCGAGGCGAGGAGGGUCUCCCCGCAUGCGAGGAGCUCUUCCUCUAUGCCUGCCCGAAGUUCAUCGCGGCAAACCCGCCGCCGUACGAAGAGGGUGACCAGCUUGCGAUGUACUUGGAGGACCCGCCCAUAGAGCCCGCGCAGCGGCAUCUUGCGCUCUUCCUCUCCGAGGUUCGCGCCCAGGCGCCCGUGCCGACGCUGCGCAGCUUCCUGAAGCUGUAUACGUCGCUUGGCGCAGCGAAGCUCGCGAACUUCCUUGAUGCGGACGAGGAGGAGAUGGUCCAGCAGCUGAUGAUCAUGAAGCAGGCGAGCAGGAGCGUGAGCAGGGUUGACACAGAGAACGAGAAGGGCUUGUUGGAUGGCCAGAUAACGUCGACGAGUGAUCUUGACUUCGUGAUCGACGAGAACAUGGUGCACAUCGCCGAGUCAACGCUUGGUAGAAAAUAUGCAGGGUGGUUCAUCCGGAACACGGAGCACUCGCAGCGAGUGUUCGACGGUCUCCGGAACAGCCCUCUGCCCAUUCCACCAAAAAAGGCCAACGCGCAGGCUGCAAAGGGCGGGCCUGAGCCGUCGGCAGCUGCGCCUCGUACAGGUGGCCGGAACGUUGCCUGGGGUGGCGUCAAGACGGCUUGAACGCACUGGCGAUGUAGACUGAUACUUUCGCGUGUAUUUCUUGUUUGCUAAUGCUGUAGCCAUGUCUGAUCAAACUUGCUUUGCAUGAUAAUUUGUCGACGAGGUCGCGUUGCUUGAUGUAACGGUUGUCUGCGGCCA